AUGCUCGUCUCGACCCUCGUGCUGGGCCUCGGGCUGUUCCUCGUCGCGCUGCCAGUGUUCAUCGUCUUCCUGCGGCGGUACGAUAGGCGCACGCGGGAUAUCCUCGCUGAUGCUGUCCCCGAUGACAUCAACAAGCCGUGGAAGGGGUACGAGAUGGCGCCGGCGCCCCCCGGGCGACCAAAGUCAGGCAAGGCCGCCGUGGCCGCCGCCGCCGCCGCCGCCGCGCCGCUGCUCCUCGCCAAGCCCGCAGCAGCAGCGCCGACGACGUACAGCCUCUCGACGACGACACUGUGGCCCGACGUGACCCUCACGCUGGACGACGACGUGUACUACGACCUGUGGUACAAGCCUGACCGGGAUGCGGCCACGCGCAAGAUCCACGCGCUGACCAUCGCGCUGCCGGUGGUGGUCGGCGUGCCGCUCCUCCUGAUGGCAGGCCUGGCACUCAAUGCCUAUCUCCGCCACCGCCGGGCCAAGAUCGUCGCGCGGCCAAAGGUCGAGUACUGGGGCGUUAACUGA